AUGGUGCGUCGAAAGCCAAGGUCGGAGCUGUACCAAUCUUAUAGACCAAAAGAUCGACAGCAAGAGGACACAGCACAAGAUUCGCCGGAGGCAACAAGAGCGAAGAACAGUCUCCAGCUCAGUCUUCCAAUAAGGCUCAAACAAGAGGAGGCGACUCAUCUUCUAGAGCAAAAGAACCAUGGAGGCUCAGACAAUUCAUCGAUGGACCAGGAACCCGGAACCACGCUCGCGAGAGUAGAAGAUGUGGAAACCACCUCUGCGAGGCCCACAGACGCCAAGGACGGAUCUGAUCGCGUCGCAGAGGAGCAGAUGGAGGAAGACGAACAGUAUAUCAAGGAUGAGCUGAAGAAGAUUAAUCGCAAGCUGGAUGAACUUGAGGCCAUCGACCGCAUACGGCGAGUUUUCGGGAAUGCACGGAACGCGAUUGUUCAUUAUGUCAACCAACAUAAGACGCAACUGGACGAGAUUAUCGCGGAGAGUAAGAAGCAAGAGCUGAAGAAUCACCGGAUGAAGAAACAGCUCAACAAGCAAGAGCAGAUAUGA